AUGAGUUUCACAAAUAAAAUUGUGAUCGUAACCGGUGCUAGUUCAGGUAUCGGCGCGGCUACUGCUAUCGCGUUUGCCAAGGAAGGAGCCAAUGUAGUAAUUGUUGGAAGAAAUGAAGUGAAACUCCAGAAAGUGACAGACGAAUGUGCAGCAACAGGAAAGGAACAUAUAUUAAUUAAAGCGGAUAUAACAAAGGACGAAGAUGCGAAUAGAGUAAUAAAUGCAACAAUUGAAAAAUUUGGACAAAUAGACAUUCUCGUCAACAAUGCGGGAAUGAUGAAUUUUGCUCAUAUUCUCAGUGAUAACGUCAUGUCAGUAUAUGAUACUGUCAUGAACCUUAACGUUCGAGCUCAAGUUCAAAUGACUCAUUUGGCCGCUCCGCAUUUAAUAAAAACAAAAGGUAACAUCAUUAAUAUAUCGAGCAUAGCCGGUAAGAUGACGUUCACAAAUCCAUUAUUAUGCUAUGCUAUUUCGAAGGCGGCUAUUGAUCAUUUUACACGUGCUGUAGCACUAGAACUUGCCCCACAUGGCGUUAGAGUUAAUUCUAUUAGCCCAGGACCUGUAAGAACUGAUUUAUUGAGUAACGCUGGCGUUGAGAAAACGAUGGAUGAUAUAGAUUAUAAAAUUCCACUGGGAAGAGUAUCUGACUCUGAGGAAAUUGCAGAUCUAAUACUGUAUGUAGCAAGCGACAAAGCUAAGGCCAUAACUGGAUCGGAUUUCGUAACUGAUAACGGUAUUCUCGUGAAUAGUAAGUAA